UCACCGGCAGAGCUACUUGUGCAUUGGGCCGUGGCCCAGUCAAAGGGCCCUGUCACUGCUGCUGGCACCUGCAGCAACAGCGUGGAGCUGACAGACCUCAGCCGCAACGUGUUCUGGUGGGGUGUUGCGUCUGCCGUCAAGUCCCUGUUUGGCACCAGCUUCAGCCCUGAUUCUCUCCGCGGUUGGCAUGAGCGACUGACCAGCUCUGGUGGUGGCCGUGUGCCUGUGCCCCCGCCGCCACCACUGCCGCCCCAAAGCAGCAAUAAUUCACCACCCUCGGAGCCACCCGUGCCGCCCACGCCUAUCCUUGCGGAGGACACUUCACGAGUAGCAUCCGCGUUCAACAAUACUGCAGCAGCCCGGCUUGCAACAAAACUCAUUGUUGCGACCACCAGCGCCUUGCCUGUCGCUGAUGCCCGCGUAAUCCGCGACACCCUGACUACUGUGCUACUGCCUGGCCACGAUCCGAGCGACUACGUCAUGAUGGCAUCAACCGACCGCAUGGUGGCCAUCUCCUCUGAUUUCCACGGCAACCCCAACCUGAAGUUAUGGCGACUGGAAGCUUCUGCAGAUGGCGACUUCGACUUCACAGCUACACGUGGCAUGCACCUGGCCAACAACACCCGGCUUCAUUUGAUGCCGGACCUAACUUUCUCGGUAUGGGCAUUCGGUAUGCGCGUCCACCUUCCAUCCGACACGCCCAUCCCCCACCUGGACCGCAUAUCCUCCAAAACCGACCUACACAACCUCCUUAUCUACAUGUCAGAUAUGCGCCCGUGUUAUGGUGUCCUGGAUGCAAAUGAUACUGCAUCGUACACAGAGGCGCUAGUGUCUGAGGCCUGUCCUGUCAAGCGCAGCAUAUGGUUCCCUGUAGCAUCUCAGCAUUCUUGCCACUGGCGGACACACAGCAAGGGGGCGCAUUUAUGACCGCAGCGGGUGGUAUGAUGCAGCAGGCACUACCAUAUCUUCCUGCAACGAACCUGCUAGCUCCUUCUGCCUUCUCCCAGCUACAGCAGCCUAUGUGGCCAUCAGCACUGCCCACGCAGCCAGCCGCACCCUUUUUCUUGGAUGGUACCUUUGCCGGCACAACCCUGGAGCCGCCAGGUAGCGCCUUCCAUGUACCACAGCAUACAGCAAUGGCUAACGCAACAGCAGGCACCUGGUACCACGGAGGCCCCGUGGCAGGAGGCGCACUGCUGGGUGUGGCGGAGGCGGCGGCAGUCAUGGGUGCUACUUCCAUGCGCGGAGUGGCCACGCGGACAGAAGACCCAGACACGUCAAUGACGGAAAUCUUUGGCUACACCAUGCAGCAACAGGAGCAGCAGCAGCAGCCCCGGCGCACCCGCACGGGCUUGGGCGACAUCACCAACCUGCUGCCUCUGCAGCAGCAGGCGUUGCAGCCACGCCAAGCUAAGCGUGCGCGCGCAUAGUAGUAGCGUACGUGUAGAUGGCACGCAUGUGCAUGCAUGCCCACAGUGCUAGCUAAAUGCAUUCUUCCAUGAACAAUUAAGCAUUAAUUGAUGCACUCGUAAGAAAGAAUGGCUUAGCGUGGAGGCAUGGGAGAUCAGGCUGCGCGCGCGGCUGCGUGCUAGCUGAUUAGGCGUGACGAGGAGGUUCCUACCUGCCUAAGCGGUUUAUACACCGACAAGGCGUGCGGCCAACAUGCAUGUAACAAAAUGUGUUC